AUGUUGGCAAAUAUUUUUUUAACGCUGGCCUUAGUGCCUCUUCGUCAUCCAAGUUCCGUGAGGAGACAUAGCCAGUACUUCCGUUCGCGGAGAGAUCGUUCCGGGGCGUGGGAGCGGAUUAAAAUAGGGGAUGACAUCAGCGCAUCGCCUUUUGUGUGCUCCAAGCACCAUCAUCCUACGCGUCGAUACCCAAUAGAAAACCCCUCACGUUCUCCAUCCUGUCUUUUAAGUUUUCGGCUCCCUCAUUUACUUUCGGAAGGCAGGCAAGAAGCUCUUCGAGAACCACCUCGAGCACGGAGGAAGCGCGAACUACCACCAGGCCUUUCAAAGCGCGACCAAGCAAUUCUCAGGUCUGUCAAGAAACGUGCACACUACCUCGACAAAGGCUUUCACAUCUGCGGCAUGCGUUUCGGUUGGACGUUCUUUAUCUCCCUUAUUCCUAUCGUCGGCGACGUCGUAGAUGCGUCCCUAAACUACCUGCUCGUCGUUCGGAAAGCCCGCAAAGCUGACAUUCCCAACUGGCUUCUUCGGCGCAUGCUGUUCAACAACGCGGUCUCAGCAGGUGUUAGCCUCAUCCCCAUCGCCGGCGACCUCGUCCUGGCGAUGUACAAAGCCAACUCGCGUAACGCGGCCCUUCUAGAGGAGUUCCUUCGUAUCCGGGGCGACGAAUUCCUCAAACGCGGUGGGGUCGUUGAGGACCCGAAGGCGAAGAAAGGGUUGGCGAAAUCGAAGAAGACAAAAAAGGCUCCGAUGAGCGACGCUGACGCCGAGCAGGUCAAGCCCGGCGCUGGUAUGACACCAACUGAGUUCAAGAACGUCGUCGACGCCGUCGAAGCUAAAAAUAGCAAGGGGGCUGCUGCAAUGUCGGCUUCGAGCUCAAAGAAGAAGGGAUCAGGCUCUGGAUCGUCGGGUUCUGGGUUCAAUUUAUUUGGAUCGCGGUCGAAGAAGACUACUGCUGCCGCCGCCGCUGCCCCUGUCGACAAAGGCAGGUUUGUUGAGAACAUGGAUUCAGAUGGUCCCAAGUAA